AUGUACUUUAAUUUGUUAGGGGGAAGGCUAGCGCAGUUUGGUAUUACACCCACCGGUCACGAAGAGCUUCUCGAGCACAAUCCACUAAGCAACGUCACUGAGGCCAACAUUCAAUCUCCUAUCCACCUAGCCAACCUCGCGAACGACAGCUCACCGAUCAGACAUAUUCCUGGAAGCAUCUCCCCCGCCUCACGCAUUGAGGUCCGCUUGUCUACCGAUAGUCUUCAUUAUGCAAACAACCAUACAGGUGGUAGUUCCACCCUCAGCGACCGGGAGUUGAGCCUGCUCAACCACCCAACCCAAAUUGGCGAAGUCGCCGCUGUGCCCUCUCUAUCGACUGUUGUCGAAUCAAUUGCCUUUUCUACCAUGAAUCCCGCUCCUUCACGCGACGAUCCCCAACUCAUUGGCGCCGAUACUGUCAUAGGAGGUAGUCAGCCUCACGAUUCCGAGCUACAGUUACCGUUUCCCUCCCUGCCUCCUGGAGGUUGGGAUGAACAAGGCAAUCCCAUUUUUUGCGACAUUCCUCGCCCUGAGCCUUCUCUGCCUGAGCGGGCUCGUUCUGAGCUGGCUUUUGACGAGUGGGUCAGUGAUGAGCAAGUUGCCCCUGAUACCGCUGUGCUUCCGCCCUCUCUGUCUCGCUUCGAACUUCAACAGCCUCGUCUGACCGUCCCUCAGCCGCAUCUUGAUGAACAAGGCCAUUCUAACCCUACCCCUCAAGAGCCGGCUCCUGAUCUUUAUGCCGCCGACGAAGUUCUCGCGGACUUUUCUUUUUUCGACAUAUUUGGAGAACCUGGUCCAGCUGGCCUCGCUUCCACUACGCCCGCCAUUGCAGAGCGCGCCGAAGCUGCUUCUCGCAAGCGCGCUACUCCCGAGCCCGCUUCUCCCGAGCCCGUAUCCACCGAAAACGCUCCUGCCCAGUCUGCUCCUGCCCGAGCUCCUGCCCGAGCUCUUUCUGCCAGGCCUGCUUUUCGUGCGCGCAUGCCUAUCAUUGUCGAGAGAGAGUUCCGCGACAAGUACUGCAAAGUCAAGUGCUUGGGCAAGAGUAGAGCGCAGAACAAGCGGAAGAAGGAAGGUAAGCCGGCGACGCGGGCCGGUGGAGGCGGAUCGAAGAAAGGAGAUGUCGGUGGUCGCAAGAAACGCGACGGUAACGGCAAGGGCUCUGGUGCCGCUGGAGCGGUCUUGAACGGCAGGGUCCAAAAGGCGGCGUGA